GGACGAGGAGCUACACACAAUAUAUUGACAUCUUGUAUUGAAAACUUACAGAUUUUAAGGAUAGACAGAGUGGCAGAAUUGAUGGAAUAAUGAGGGCGCAUUUACGGAACCCGACUUUCUUCAGAUUUCCUACCGCAUGUUUUUUAGUUAUUUUUCUUGCCAUUUCUAAUGUGCAUUCGGCUGUUUUUUAUGGACAAAUUGAGGAAGGCGCACCUCCUGGAACUGUUGUCGCUGGGUUUCUUUUUCCUCUGGGAGACAAAUGCAAUGAAUUAAACAUGGUUGGAUUUAAAACACUUUUAACAGGGGAUGACUCGUCGGAUUUUUCACUUGAAUAUCUGAACAACUCGGGAUUCGUUUUAAAAACCACCAAAACUUUUGACAGGGAUUCCAACUCGAGCUAUACAGUGAGCGCGCGCUUGCCGCGCUGCAAUAUAACAGCCGAAGAAGUGACAGUUAAGAUCGAGAUACUUGAUCAAAACACCGAUAAGCGACAUUUUAACGCAACAGCUGACAGGAUAGAGAUUCUUACCGAUGCUGAAAGCCGAGUUAGGAAGCCAAGAACCAUUUCUGAAGAAGUAACCUAUACCAUUACAGUUUCUGAAGAUGUCAAAGUCGGAGGCUUGAUCUUUACGGUACCGGACCAGAAGUUCGAGAAGAAAUGGUUCGAGGUGGUUUCGGACGGGAACUCACCGGUCCAGAUAGAAAGAGACUCCGGACGCGUGUACUUGGCGUUUCGUUUGAUGUCAACAGCCGAGGUCAUGGUCAAAAUCCACAACAUGAGAGGUGAUGAAUGGUACCUGUGCUGGCUGACUCUGACCCUCCCCAACCUGUCAGAUGUGCAGUGGGCCAUGUUCCCCUACCCCUACCUGGCAGCUGUAGGUCCUGACACUGGUGCUGGCUCUGUUGUCUACAAGCUCGUGGUCCAAAGUGGAGAUGACUACGCGGGAACAGCUCACUUCUUUUUAGUUGAUGGUGGAGAAGAUUCAUUUGAAGUGGACAGAGCAACAGGAGAAGUGAAGACCACAGGGCGACCUCUGACCCCCAGUAAGGAGUACACACUGACCGUCCAGGCUGUGGACUCGCAGGGCAGGAGGGGUCCGCAUGCCUCUGUGUUCAUACUAGCUGGCUUUCGGCCCCCUCAGUUCACCAACACCACCUAUACGAUCUACAACCCAGAGAGCAUUGGGGUGGGCCAAGCGGUGGCGGUGGUCCAGGCUAUUUCUUUCCAGAGGAAGACUCUGUCUUAUAUGCUGCUGGUGAACCCAAGCAACCUGUUCAGCAUAAACCGAGAGAGUGGUGCACUCAGCCUGACACGCACUGUGGACUUUGAGAGUGGACAACAUCUCCAUCACCUGCAAGUCAGAGUUUCCGAACCAGAUACAGGACUGAGCAACAUGGCAGAAGUGGUGGUUCACAUCACAGAUGAGAAUGACUGCACACCAGAAUUUAUGCACUCCAUUUACAGUCGAGACAAUGUCCCUGAGACCACCCCUACUGGCACAUCCUUACUGCAGGUUCUGGCACGGGACUGUGAUAUGGGCCUGAAUGCAGAACUGUCCUACUUCAUCCAGAGUGUGGACUUUGACAUCUCAUCUCAGGGAGUGGUGAGCCCCAGUCAGAGGCUGGACUAUGAAAGACCCAACCACAUGUACGAGUGCACGGUGGUGGCCGUGGACAAGGGAGCGCCCCCUCGCACAGGCACAGCCUCCAUCCGAAUCCGCAUGGCCAACGUCAACGAUGAAGCCCCCGUCUUUUCACAAACUAUAUAUAAAACCUUUCUUUCAGAAGAUGCUGGCCCGGAAACGCUAGUGGCCAUUGUGCACGCCAAAGACCCAGACGGGGAUAGCGUAACGUAUGCCAUCACUGGGGGUAACGAAGACAGCAAUUUUGAGCUGGACAACCAGAAGGGCAUCAUCAAACUGCGGCGUAGUCCUCCUCCUAAACUGCGCGGGCCUCAGUAUGUCCUCAAUGUCACGGCGACUGAUGACAAUGCAGCCAGUGGGCCACUCCCCCUUAGCAGCUCCGCCCAGGUCAUCGUUGGUAUCAAUGACAUCAACAACAACAAGCCAGUAUUUGAUGAGUGUCAUAACUACAGCGUGAAUGCACUGGUCCUGGAGAAUCAGCCCCCGGGGACUUUUGUUCUGCGCAUGCAGGCUCACGACGCCGACACUGGGGUCAAUGGGGAGGUCAAGUACGGGAUAAUGCAGAGGGACGGGGCCUCACCCGGGUUCACUAUCAACCCUGACACAGGUUUGAUCAGUACGGCGGUAAGUUUUGAUCGAGAGAGGCAGCGAGAGUAUACACUCUCGGUCACGGCUACGGAUGAAGCACAGGAGCCCCUCAUCGGCAUCUGUCAGAUCACUGUCCUCAUCGCUGACCAGAACGACAACGACCCCAAGUUUGAGAACAGCCGCUACCAAUACCUGGUCAAACUGACGCCAAUGAUAGCUACAGUGUACAAGGCAGCACACUUUUCUUAUGUUAAUCCUAAACAGACAUCACGGAUCAGCCAGCAGAUCAUCGCUACAGACGGAGGGAGUCGGAGCAGCUCGGUCGACCUCACUGUCAUCAUCACCAAUGUGCACAACCAGCCCCCGCAGUGGGAACAUGCAGAAUAUUGGGUCACGAUCCCGGAGAACACACCGCGCGACACCAAAAUAGUGACCAUCAAGGCGACGUCCCCUCUUGGUGACCCCAGGGUGACUUACAACUUGGAGGAGGGUCAGGUUCCUGAGACCAACAUGCCCGUGCGCUUCUACAUCAAGCCUAACCGGAGGGACGGUUCUGCCUCUAUCCUGGUGGCAGAGAAUCUUGACUAUGAGACCACGCGUUUCUUUACGCUCCGAGUCCGUGUUCAGAAUGUGGCGGCUGUACCACUAGCUUCCUUCACCACUGUCUAUGUCAACAUCACAGAUGUAAACGACAAUGUUCCCUUUUUCAUGUCAUCCACAUAUGAGGCGACGGUCCCAGAGGGUGCGGAGAUUGGCACAUCAGUUGCUCAGGUCUCAGCAACUGACCUGGACUCUGGUCUCCAUGGAAUGAUUAACUACAUCAUUCUGAAGGAUCAAAGUGGGGACUCACAGUUCUUUAGCAUUAAUUCCUACACGGGCAUCAUCCACACCCGGGCCACCUUCGACCGUGAACAGAAAGGCUCCUACUUGAUCGAGGUCCAGUCUCAGGACAGCUCAGAGUCGGCCCGACCCGGUCAGCAGGGUCAACCCAACUCAGACACAGCCUACGUGAGGGUUUUUGUCACAGAUGUAAAUGACAAUGCUCCAGCCUUCUCUCAGCCUGUAUAUGAGAUCAGUGUGGAGGAAAACAAAGAAGUGGGCUUUAUGGUCAUUACCGUUACAGCUAACGAUGAAGAUGAAGGUGCCAAUGCCCAACUUCGGUACCAGAUUACCUCUGGGAACACCAUGGGCACAUUUGAUGUGGAGCCAGAGGUUGGCACGAUCUUCAUUGCCCAGCGGCUAGACUAUGAGCAGGUGCAGCGCUACGAGUUACGGCUGGUUGCGUCGGAUGGAAAAUGGGAAAACCAGACAAUGGUUGUCAUUAAUGUCCUCAACCAAAAUGAUGAGGCACCCCUUUUCACUCAGACUGAGUACCACGCCAGCAUCAUGGAGGAACUUACAGAGCUUCCUGUCCUUGUACUUCAGGUCUCAGCCACGGAUCCAGAUCAGGAGGCAGACCAGCGUGCGGUGCGGUAUUCUCUACACGGGCAGGGAGCUGGUAAUGAAUUCACCAUAGAUGAGAUGAAUGGUAGGAUCUUUGCCCAACGUCGUUUAGAUCGCGAGGUCCGCUCAGCCUGGCAAUUCCUGGUACUUGCCACUGAUGAGAAUGGGGCAGGUCUUACCGGGUUUGCUGAUGUUCUAGUCGAAGUGCAGGAUAUCAAUGACAACGCACCUGUCUUCCUGUGUGCAACAGACAACUGUUUUUUGGGUCACGUGCCUGAGAACUCCCCAGCGGACACUUCCAUAAUGGAGAUGCGGGCCACCGACCUAGAUGAUCCAAAAGCUGGGAAGAACGCUAUCCUUACCUACAGAAUUGUGCAGAAUGUGCACAAUGAGAUCAAUCUUAACCUCUUCUCCAUCAACCCAGCCACAGGCACUAUCUAUACUGUUUUGCGCUCUUUGGACAGGGAAGUGGUGGAUCGAUACCUGGUUGUGGUAGAAGCUCGUGAUGGAGGAGGACUUUCGGGGACAGGAACAGCCACCAUCAUAAUUUCCGACAUCAAUGACCAUCCUCCGGUGUUCACCCAGAGAGUCUACAUGGCCUCUAUGCCAGAAAACUUGGAUAUCAACAGCGAGGUAGUGGUAGUGGCUGCCACCGAUGGUGAUGAAGGUGAAAAUUCAGUCAUGACGUUCAGCAUCAUUGGUGGAGAUGAAGACCGCAAAUUCUUCAUUGAGACUGACAAGGUGAACCGCCAUGGCAUAGUGAGACUGAAGAAGAAGAUUGACUUUGAGAAACCACAUGAGCGCACAUUCAACCUGACGGUCAAAGUGGAGGAUGCUGACUUCUUUAGCCUGACCUACUGCAUCAUUCAGGUGGAAGACUCCAAUGACCACACUCCAGUCUUCUACCCACAGUUCUACGAAGCGGGAUCCAUGUUCGAGGACGUUCCAGUAGGCACCAUCGUGGCACAGGUGACAGCAGUGGAUCUGGACUCUGGACAAAAUGGAAGGUUCACGUACAGCAUCGCCCCAGAAUCCGACCCCUUUCAGCAGUUCCUGGUAGAUAAGAGUGGUUGGGUUGUGGUAGCUGACUCUCUGGACAGGGAGAAGGUGUUUCAACAUAGGCUUAUGAUCCUGGCCACAGACAUGGGCAGCCCUGCUCUGACUGGCUCUGCCAUCGUGCUAGUGACCGUACAAGAUGUCAAUGACAAUGGACCAGAGUUUGAGGCUCCAUAUCAGCCCAUUGUGUGGGAGAACACUAUUGCGCCACAGGUCGUUCACAUGAACGAUACAUCCAUUCUGUUGCAUGUUAUUGACAGAGACACGUCAUCCAACGGAGGGCCUUUUUCCAUCCAUCUGCUGAUGCUGACCUCUGUUGUUCCUAAUUUCAACUUGACUGAUCUGCGGAACGGCAGUGCCAUGAUAACCGCUCUCCGCAGCUUUGACCGGGAACAGCAGAAGCAGUAUCUUCUCCCCAUCCUGAUGAUUGACAGCGGCUCACCACCAAUGAGCUCCACCAGUACACUCACCGUCAUAAUUGGAGAUAAAAACGACCAUCCCCAUGCACCUGGACACAGCGAGUUCAUAGUGUACAACUUACAGGGUACACUCCCCAUGACGGUGCUUGGACAGGUUCAAUCCCCUGACCUUGAUGAUUGGAGCGAGAAGGUUUACAAGUUCGAAGGCAAACCCCCCAGGCAAUUCAGCCUGAACCAAAACACCGGUCAGCUGAGCAUCCGAGACGGAACACCAGCUGGAUUCUACAGCCUGCAGGUGAGGGUGGCAGAUAAGAGCUGGCCUGACGUCACCUCAUCAGCUGAGGUCAUGGUGAUGGAGCUGGAGGAGGAGGAGCUGAGGAAUGCUGGGUCAAUCAGACUGGCCAACCUGACUGCAAAUGAGUUUUUCCAAGCAUCAACGUAUGAGGAGAGCCGAUGCAUGCGUCUCCGCCGCCUCUUGUCCGAGCUCUUCCAGACUGAUAUGGAGAACGUUGAUAUCUUUAGCCUGGCCAGUGGCAGCCAGCCAAUGCAGCAUCACCUCAGCGUGUGGUUUGCCGCCCAUGGCUCGCCAUACUACAAGCCCGAGAAACUCCACGGCUACGUGGCAAUGCACAAAGCUAAGUUGGAGUCCGCUCUGGGUGUGACCAUUCUACAGGUGGGGGUGGACGAGUGCGCCUAUGCAGCCUGCGGUCAGACAGGUGGCUGCUCUAGCAAGGUGACAUUCAGUGACACCCCUAAAACACUGAACAACGGGAAUGUCUCUUUGGUGUCUGUCUCAGCCAAAGCGAGCGCUCAGUGUGGCUGCCUUGCUCGAGAGUGCGUUCACCUGCACUGCUCUUCAUACUCACAAAACCCUUGCCUGAAUGGAGGCACCUGUGUGGAUAGUGAACUAGGUUACAGGUGUAAAUGUCCCCCUAUGUUUGAUGGACCAGAAUGCCAGCAAACCAAGCACAGUUUCCUUGGCAAUGGUUAUGCUUGGUUCUCGCCCAUAAGGCCUUGCUUCCAGAGCCACAUCUCUCUGGAGUUCAUCACAGAGGCAGCCAAUGGCCUGCUGUUCUACAAUGGCCCAAUGAGAACACCUCAGCCUGGAGAAAAAGAGGACUUCAUUGCACUGGAACUGAAAAAUGGAGUUCCUGUGCUGAGUGUGAAUCACGGCUCGGGGACUCUAACACUGCAGCUGUCCGCGAGAGCCACUGUCACGGACCGCCGCUGGCAUCACUUCGUCAUCAUCAGCGAUGGCAAGACUGUCCAGAUGAUUCUGGACCACUGCUCUAGUGCCAUGGUGAACGAGGUGGAAGGCCUGGGAGUUGAGGUGUUUGAGACUGAUCAGUCGGUGUGCAAGGCCUCCGGAGAGACGCCAGGCAGUGAAAGGUUUUUGGAUGUCUACCAACCUCUCCAGUUGGGUGGGGUUAAAGAGACACACUCACUCCGUAGGUCACACCCCCAUUACAAAGGAUUUGUGGGAUGUGUGAGGAACCUGGUGGUGGAUAGUCAGGUGUACGACCUCGGCAGCGCAGCAGAGAGCGAGAACAGUGCCCCAGGAUGUGCCCUAACAGAUGGUGUGUGUCUGACCACUGGAGGACCCUCCUGUGGGGUCCAUGGGAAAUGUCUGGGGGAAUGGGGCUCCUUCAGCUGUGAUUGCCACCCUGGAUAUAGCGGACACAAGUGUGACAAAGCCCUUCCUGAGUGGUCGUUUGAGAAGGACAGUGUGCUGAGGUACCAGCUGAGAGGUGGAGGAAGUCCACGCAAAACCCAAGCGCACUUCCUGCUGAGAACCCGCUCCUCCAUGGGCAGCCUGCUCAGCAUGGCCUCACGUGACGCCAACGAGUUCAUUAUCCUGGAAAUAGUAGAUGGGUACCUCACUGUCCGUGCUAACCUUGGGGACGGCACUCACUCUCUGAAGUUAGCAGGUCAUCACGUGAACCACGGCCAGUGGGUCUUUGUCAGCCUUCAUCGCCAUGACAACAUCUUUACUCUGCGACUGGAGCAGGGUGGGGGUUCACGGGAGGUCACAGGGGUCCUGGGUCAGAAAAAGGAAAUAGUAGUUCACCCCUCCAGUGUGUUUCUGGGAAACAGCGCCACUCCAAACACACAGGGAGACUUUCAGGGCUGUAUGCGGGAUGUAAGACUGAACGGUCACUCUCUGCCGCUGGAUGGUCAGGGCACAGAGUUCAGUACUGUACUGAUGCGCCGUGGGGUCGUGCCCGGCUGCCACUCUGACACCUGCAGUGCCAAACCCUGCCUGAGUCCGCUGUACUGCGUCGACCUGUGGAGGAAACAUGAGUGCAGGUGUCCAGCCAAUCAGGUUGCAGUGGUGGAUGAGGUCACAGGUCUUUUGCAUUGCGCCCCGUCCCCCUGCGGCCCCACCACAUGUCGUAAUGGUGGCACCUGCCUGGCUCACUCCUCUAAGAGCUACCAGUGCCGCUGUCCAGAGGGCUUCAGAGGCCAGUGGUGUGAGAUCGGCCGGGUCAAAUCUCUCCAUCUCACAGCACUCAGUCCGAGCUCCAUCCUAGCCAUCAGCAUGUGUCUGCUCGUCUUUUUUGCCGUGCUUGUGGCGGUGACCGUAUGGAAUCAGAAGGGCAGUCGGAAUAAGUUCCGCAAGCGAGGUGUUUACCACAUCCCAGCGGAGCACGAGAGCUGGGAGGACAUCCGGGAGAACAUCCUCAACUACAACGAGGAGGGAGGAGGAGAGCAGGACCAGAAUGCCUAUGACAUCACUGAGCUGAAGAGGCCGCUGUGUUCCAGCUUGUCCCAGUCCUCCUCCUGUACCACAGCCCCACUCAUCAAGUCGUCCCAGGGCUCUCAGGAGGAGGUCCAUCCCUGCGGAAACAUCACCGUUGGAGCCACCCUUCCCUACCACCACAAUGCCAGCUGCAGCGGUCACUGCUCCAUGGACUUCAAGAGCUACGUGUCCCACAUCAUCUGGGAGGCUGACAAUGACAGCCUGGCAUUCCCCAUGGACACCUACCACGUGUACUGCAUCGAGGGAAUGGGCUCCAGUGCGGGCAGCCUCAGCUCGCUGGGAUCGGCCAUUUCAGAGGAGGCCUUCACCUACGACUCCCUGCGGCACUGGGGCUCCAAGUUUGAAGCCCUCAGCGAGCUUUAUCGAGGAUCGGAGCUGGCCGUCCCCUACAUGGACACGGUGCAAAGCCAAAGCCAGGAACAACAACAAUAACUGGACGACUUCAAGCCCAGCGUUUGUUUUUGUGUUAGUGUUUCAUAGCUUUUAUAGGGUUCCAGUUUGAACGCUACAAAAACGUGUCCUAAGAAAUGGUUUAUGUUCAUUUGUGAUAGUCACACAGCUUUAAGAGUGAGGAGCAGCUGAGGUUAGAGAAAUGUUUUGUUUUAUUUAUUGAGUAAAAUAUUAAAUGUAUUGUAUUUAUUUUUGCUCUGAUAGGGAACAAAGCCAGUGAAUCAUCAGGACUUCACCAUGAUGAACAUGGUAUAUGGUCACAUCCAGCGUGUCACAACUAAGGUGCGUUUCAGUAAGCACACGUGACUAACACUGUGUUCCAUUUGACUCCGAAAUUUCCAGCUUGCUUAGUGGAAAUGCACAUUAGAAUGCCACUUUAUGUAAGAUUUCCAUCUUAGAAGCUUGCGCGGAACUUUGAUUUUGCCAAAAUGUGAAUUCACACU